AUGAUCAAGUUCAAGGCAGGAAUAAGCCGCCGCGCAGCUGGCACCAAUUCACUUCCGAAUCACCGAGGGGCGCACCUCCGUGAAUCAAUUAAGGCCCAGGGCGGGCAGCUCAGCUUCUGCAAACCGCUGCAAGACGUCAGGAAUGCCACUCUCGAUCUCGCUGAAGGCUCCACACCAUGCAGGUUUCGACUCGUAGACUGCUACAGUCUCAUUCAUGAGGACGAGUUGUGCAUCUACGAAUUCGAACAGCUACCCACUGUACCGUACGCAGCGGUGUCUUACGUUUGGCGGGGAAACCCUCCCGGCUCAGACUGGAAAGACCAGCUCGGAACUUUCUCUGUGAAGGGGGCGGAGGAUGGAGACCCGAUCAGUCUUGACGUCCUCAAAUAUGUUGGCAAUGCCGUUUCCCUGGGUCUAGAGACCGAUGUCGGUCCUUUCCUCUGGCUCGAUCGUCUCUGCCUCUUGCAGACGGACAAAUCAGACAAAUCCUGGCAAAUUUCAAACAUGCACAAGAUCUACAAGUCUUGCAUGGUCUGCGUCGUCUUACCUGGAGGCAUUCGAGGUCUCGUUAAAUUGGAUGAGGAGACGGCUUGGAUUCAUAGAGGGUGGACCCUCCAGGAAGCUCUCAUGCCAGAGAAAGUCAUCGUCCUCUUCCUCUUUUCGAGGGACUUCUUCGACAAAGGUGACGAAGUUGACAAGGUGCUGAAAGCCGGCGAAAAUAGUGAUAAGCAAGACUUUUCGCCCAGUGGACGAGGGGACAGGCAUCCUCAUGUGUAUUUGAGGACCAUGAAGAGAUUUGGUGCUGCGGCUUGGAUGCCGCUAGACUCACUGUUGGAUGCCACAACAGUGAAUCCUCAUUGGAAGAUGACGAUGAUGUGGCCGCCAUCCGAUAUGUCAGAUAACCCCUCUAUAUUGGGUGGGUAUACGGAAUGUAACUUACUGCGAAUGGCUCGGACGGCGUCCAUUUCUGCUUACGAGGGCCGCGAAGAAUGGCGCGAGCAAGCAAUAUGGCGGGCAUCGUUCAUCCGUACAUCAUCACGUCCAGUGGACAUGGUAUUCAGCAUCAUGCAGCUAUUCAACGUCAACCUUGAUACAACCAAAUUCGACGAAGACGACCGUUUGGGAGCCACAAUUGCCCUUGCCUCUGAGAUACUGCGCAGAGGCAAAACCGCGAGCUGGCUAUCUGGACUGUAUACGCUGGAUCCUGGGCCCCAGAUAUGUACUUUCCCCCGCUUUCCGAACACCAGUGCGGCUGGAAAAGCGGUGGUGAAGAAGGAAAACGGCGAUGAGGUGGAAAUGGUCGAAGAGAUGAAAAUCCCAACGUUCCGUUGGUUGGAUAAUGCCCCGGGCGGAAGCAUGGGCCAGGAUGGGUACUUCACCUUCACAAGGGCCGCCGUUCGAAUAACGCGAGCCUCGAGUACGGACGCACCAGGCAUCGACCAACACAGUGGCCCCGAGGCAAUAGAUGGUUUCAUGCACUUUGCUGCCGAGGACGGCUCGUUAUGGCGAAUACACCCGGAUGCUUCCGACACACAGAGACUCGACGACCGACCUCGCGCAUUUAUGGUUCUCCUAGGCGUACAGGUCGGGCACAUCAUCAGUGCGGAGGAACCAGAGCCCGAGGGAGAUUGUAUCGUACUGGUGAUUGAAGAGCACGCCCCAGAGAGGUUUCACAAAAUAUCAUCCUUCUUGUUCUGGCCGGGUUUCAACUAUCUUAUUCGCCAAGGAAAGGACAGACAGUUCCAGUUGGGUGGUCCAGAGGCAUUCCAGUAG